AGUUUAUUAGUGGCCGCAGCUGAGGCGGCGAGACAGACCACUGGGGCAAGGCUCGCAGAUAGCAACAGGUUGUACUGGGAUAACCUCUUGAAGAAAUACAGAAGAUGUCAUGGAUGAGACUGUUUUCAGCGGCUAUAGUAAUAGCGGCCUUGCUAUACAAAAUAAGGGAGAAGUCCAUGGCAGAACCUCCCAUGCCAGAGCUCGACCCUGAUCCAUGGUGGGGACCCGGAGAACGCGAAAAGGGGGACGAUUCUGUAAGGAACUUCAAAAUUGCCAUUUCUAAUCAGGACCUUGAUGAUCUGAAGACUCGGCUUGCCAUGCCCCUGCGCCUCACACCCCCCCUUGAGAAUGCCAACUUCACCUAUGGGAUGAACCAGAAUACCCUGAAGGAUAUUGUGCAGCACUGGCGAUUUAAAUACGACUGGAGAAAGAGAGAAGCUCUUCUUAAUUAUUAUCCUCAUUUCAUGACCAAAAUUGAAGGUUUAGAUAUACACUUCAUGCGAGGUAAUGCCGAGACAAAGGGUGCUAAGGAUAUAAAAGUACUGCCACUGCUGCUUAUACAUGGAUGGCCUGGCAGCUUUGUGGAGUUUUACGAUAUCAUGCCUCUCCUGACCACACCACAGGAAGAUAGCAAUGUUGUGUUUGAAGUUAUAUGUCCUUCCAUACCAGGGUAUGGAUUCUCUCAGGGCUCAGCUAAGCAAGGUCUAAGCCACUUGGAAACAGCACAAAUAUUCUUAAAGCUUAUGAAGAGGCUGGGAUAUGACCAGUUCUACCUUCAGGGUGGUGACUGGGGCUCAAUCAUUGCAACAAGUAUGGCAACCAUGUAUCCUGAGAAUGUGCUGGGUAUCCAUCUCAACAUGUUUGUGGCCAACAGCAUAGGACCUAAUUUGAAGCUGCUUCUGGGAGCUUUUCUUCCUUCAGGCAUUGUGGUAUCUUAUGAAGACCAGGAAAAGCUCUAUCCCUUAAAAGAAAAGUUGGGCAUGUUUGCUCGUGAGACUGGAUAUCUCCAUCUCCAGGCUACAAAACCAGAUACUAUCGGUGCAGCACUGAACCAAAACCCUGUUAGUUUGGCUGCAUAUAUAAUGGAGAAAUUCAGUUCUUGGACCCAUAAAGAUAAUUACAAAGAAGUGGAUGGGGGGCUUCUGCACAAACAUUUUCCUAUUGAUAUUGACAAGAUCUUGGAUAAUAUCUGCAUUUAUUGGUUCACUGGUUCCAUCACGACAAGCAUGCGUUACUACGCUGAAAACUUCAGUCCAAAAAGCAUGGCAAACAAUCUUGAUAGCAAUCCUUGCCAUGUGCCAUCGGCAAUGUCUGCCUUCCCACAUGACCUUUUAAACCAACCUAAAAACUUUGUUGCUCACAAGUUUUAUGAUAUUGUCAGCUACAGCGACCAGUUAGUAGGUGGACAUUUCGCAGCCAUGGAGCGGCCAAAACUACUCGCUAGAGAUUUUCACCAGUUUGUCAACACUGUGGAAGCCAGAGAUAAUGAAACAAGCUAAAGUAUUUUAUCAAAAUAAAAAAUCAUGCUUCUGAAAUGUAUAAAUCUA